UGGUCCAAGAAGAACCAAAGCCUAUCCACUUCUCAAUCGCUUCUCCUUAUUACCAACGAGAACCUUCACUCACAUAAAUCUCUGUCGGUUCCUCUUUUUUUAUUGUUAUUAUUUUAAUUCAGAUAAGGGAAAAUCCACAUUUUUAUUUCCAUGAAAGUUUUUAUUUUUUCUUAAAUAACUCGGCUCAACUACACACCGAAACCUUCGCUCCAUCUGAAUCUUCAUCAAGAUUUCAUUCUGCCGAAGGCUUUGGAACGCGAUUGUUGAUGCUUUGAUGUCACUUUUGGAUCUUUGCUAAUUAGUUAAGAACUCUUUGAUAUGUGCAAGUUCCAUUUACACUCAGGUUUUGUCAUAACUUGUCUCCUAAGGUAUGUUUUUUUUUCUCUCUCUUUUGUGGCGUAGAUUGCAUCACUUUCAUGGAGGUUGAAGAAAGGAAUGUUUCUUCUGGUUAUGCUAAACCUCCAUGGAUAUUCAAAGGAAGUGCGUUGUACCAGAUUCAUCUUGUGAAGGCUUCCACUGCUCGAGCAUUCAUCCCCAAGGAGUUUCGACUUGUUGAAGCUUUUGGGUAUAAACAAGCUUCUACAGGGUACACUCUUGGAGGGUUUUUCCUGGCUAGCUACGAUGAUAGUCCCGCUGGUGUCUUCGAUGAGCUUGUCAUGAUUGCAGGGAUUGUAUGGAACCCUCCUACAUCAUGCGCAUGGGCGGCGAGGGUGCUUGUGAACAGCAACGAGGCUUGUCAUCACGGACGCAAGGAAGUAGGACUCCCAAGCCAAGUUGCAAGAUUUUCUAAAAAAAUCACUGCAGUUCCAAAGAGAAAAAGGGAAAGAGCUUUUGGUUUCUUAGACACAUUUGGGUUGGGAACUACUCUGUCUCACCCUGAGGAUUUGAUGGAGGUUAAAGUUAGUGAAGUUGAUAGUGCUGCUUCUGCAAAUAUCUGCAACAUCCAAAUUAGAUCAAACGAAUCAGAGACCAAACUAGGAAAAUGGAUGGGACCAGCAAUCAAAAUGUCGCUUCCGAGUUUUAGUGGCAAUACAAAGUUCAACCCAAACCUGCUCAAAUACUCUUGCCACAUCCACUGCAGGUUAUGCUUCUGCUACUACUUAAGGGUGAGGCCUGUGAGUCCUGCGGUAGUAUCAAAGCCUUUGGAAGAUGAGGCAGAUAAGAAUCACACAUCACAAGAGUCGCUUGAAAAUGAAAGGCGGUUAAGUGUAGCAGUGAUGCUAUCAAAACCAAUCAUAGCUCUUCAGUUUAAAGACUUAACAAUGCAAGUAGAAGCUCCAGUUGUAGUUCACCCUUCAGUGUAAACACACAACCACUCAAAUUUGAAGAACAUACACUUCCUACAAGGUUUCACAUCUUUACAAAAAAAUACAAAUCUUUCCACUCUGAUACAAUAUUUGGGGGAGUUCUGAUUUCUUUUAUAGUAACACAAGACCAAUAAUGGUCCAAAAGCUUUGUCUCUCUAUCAAGAAUAUAUUCAAAUUCAGUUUAGAGACAUUAAAUCAA